CAGUUGCCUUCCCUCCUCCCUCCUUCCUGUCUGUUUUCAGUUAACACUGAGACGGUAAGGAACACCAAAAUACUGCUCACUCCAUCUGUCACUGCAAUAUUGCUGGAUGCAGUGUAGUUAAGAUCUUACAGAGGAAGAUAAUCAAGAAGGAUGAAUCGGUCCUGUGUAAACUGCUUGAAAACUUUGGUGAUAAAUCUCAACUUUCUGUGCUGGCUAUGCGGUGCAUUUGUAGUGGCGUUUGGGGAGUUCCAGAUGAUGCACUCCAAGUUUGCCUCCCUCAUCACCACCUUCUGGCCCAUCUACCCUGCCAACACUCUGGUGGUCACCGGUACCAUUGUUACCUGUGUGUGUUACGUGGGAGUGUUAGGAGGCUUGAGGGAGAACCGCUGUAUGCUCAUCAGUUUUUUUGUCCUGCUGUUCAUCCUGAUGCUGGUGGAGCUGGCCAUGGCCUGUGUGUUCCUGGUCUACAGCAGAGAGAUCGACACAUACUUUGAGGAAGACCUAAUGCGAAGCUUGGAGAUCUACAGACAAUCCAGUCCAGAAGGCAACAAGACCAUUAGAGAUGACUUUGAUGCUGUUCAGCAUCUGUUUAAGUGUUGUGGAGUUCAUGGUGUGGCAGACUGGAGGGGUAACGUCCCAAUCUCCUGUUGUACCAAGGACCCCUGUAACAUCCUCCUCCACGCCAACUGGCAAGAGGGUUGCCUUGUGAAAUUGAGGAACUGGUUUGCCCGAAACUACCUUAGCACAGGUGCAGGCGUUGUCACCAUGUUUAUCAUACAGUUUUUUUGUCUGUCUGUCACCAUCCCUCUCUUUUGCCACUUCAGUCGACGUGGACUGGGAUACCAGUGAAGGAGGGCCAGUAAAACAGCAUCCGAAAUUUACAGCAACUUUAUGCAUGUCAACAGGUUGCUUUUCGUUGUGUUGAUACAAGGAAUUUACGUGAUUAUAAAAGUUAGAAUAUAUUAUAAUUAUUAUAAUAUAUUUAUUUUCUUUUAUUAAUUUAUUUUGAACACCAAAGAUGGUCAUUUCCAGCUAUCAGAAAGGGUGACAACAUGACAAAAGCCUUAGUUCUAUGACCAGGGACAAGCUGAGGAACGUGGCUUAUCUCUAUCGAUAAUGUCAUAUAGGUGAUAGGCCAAUCAAUGUGAUAUUGAAAACAUAAAAGAGACAUUGAAUUGGAGGGUAAGAUAUCAUUAUGCCAGACCUGUCGUUUCCCUCAAUGAGUGCUGGAUAAAUUAUAAAUGCACUUUAGACACCUGCCCUUCCCAGUUAGACUUCAAGAACAUUUUGUACUGGACAAAGAUAAACCAGAUUUAGAGGAAUUUAACAUCAACAUUUUGAAUCUAGUAAUCCUUUCGAUUGAACUUUGGUACCUAUUAUCAUUAUCAAAACCCCCAUUUUUUUUCAAUCAUUUUCUUCCUUUAUUCCAAUGUUUUCAUUUAUUGAUUUUACUUGUUUUGAGUUUAUGAGUGUUAUUUUACUCUGCCCAAUAAACCAGCACAUAUUUGCUUCCA